AUGUACACUGGUGUAGUUGCUCCUGUACAACAAAAAAGGAUGAAAGCCAUUAUGAAGGACACCAAGCACUGGACUGCUCAAUGGACUGGCGACGAUGCUAGACAGGUAUUUGAGGUGCAAAUGCACAUGAAGAAGCUGGGGGUGCGCUUAGGAAUUUCAUGUGUGCAUGCCAUGGCUGCUAUUGCUAAGAGGGGAGACAGAGCAGACACAUUUUCUGGAGAAAUAAGCUCAAUCCCUCCCAAGAUUAAGAGGCCAAUAGGGCAUCCAGUAAAGAGAAGGAGACCAGAUCCAGUAGAAGAUAGACCAGAGGGUACUAAGGCAAAAAAGACCUUCCGAGUCACAUGCAAAAAAUGUGGAGAUACUGGCCAUAAUGCUAAGACCUGCAAGGGAGCUCCUAAGGCUGGAACUAAUCCUAAAGGAAAGGUCAAGGGAAAAUCCAGGGAAAAGUCAACUACAACACAAGAAGAGGUUCAGGUUUCUCAAUCGGCACCCGUAACUCAGCCUGAGGCACCAACAAAUGCUACUAUACCAGACGUUGGAAUGAAUGUGAAUGCUGCAACUGGAAGACAAACUCAGCCUCAGCAGCCUUUUAGACGUCCAAAGCAGACAAUAAUUAGGCCCAAGAGACAGAAAAGUGUGAGUGUUGAGACAAUGGCAACUGCAAGUAGUGGCACAACCUCCAGAAUGUUCAAAUUCAUUCCAAUGCCCGGACUGAACCUCUCUAAGAAGAAAUGAUGCUUUGAAAGAAAUUUAUUGUGAAAUGAACAAGAUAUUGUUUACUCUUGUUAUUUUGAAGAAAAUAGACCUCCACUUUUAAUACCUUUUGUGCACCACUUUACAUCAGUAUGUGUAGAAAGAAAUAGACCUUCUUUAUUUUGCUAACAUUUUGAUACAACUUAUGUACAUCCUCUAU